CGACCGAUUUAGCGUCGAAGAAUGGAAAAGAAUUCAUUGAUCUCGAAUUUAAGUUAUGAAAUAGCCAACUCCUGGGAUGCGGGGAGGUAAAAUGCGCAUUCUCAAUCCCACGAUGAAUUUUUUGCCUUAUCAAGGGAUUUUUCGGACAGCAAUUGUAGCUUCGAUCAAAAUGAGGUGGCUCCCCCACUCCAGUUUGAGCUGUGCAUGAGUUACUAGUAAGUUCAACUGGCGAAAACGACAAGAAAACAAAAGGAGCCAUUGGCAGGGCAAGUGUGCCCCCAAGUCUCGGUCCAGCGGCGCGUGGGGUGCGUGGGCGUCUCGUCCAUACCUCCCUCCCUCUCUUGCCCAACCAAGGCCGUCACGCAUAGCUUCGCUCAAGGCGCAUCCACGUCCUGCCAAAUUCGUUUGACAUCUCCGUUCUUGUGCACAUGGGGGUUGCGAGGAUGUCCUAAAAUUUGCAUCUUUUGCCUGCUGAAAGACAGCGGGAUCUCCUGUUGGGUUUCCAUGUGGCCCGAGGGUGGAAAUGCGUUCGAGCGAUCCUCGUGUCAUCCUCAUUAAAGUACUUACACGGUUUUCGGAGAACAUUUGACUUGCCUUGCUCCUUCGCCCCGGAGCCAAAACCGGAAGCCUAGUAAUGUCUAGCUUCCCUAUAUAAACCCCGCCCCAACUUUUUGUAACUUCCUAGUUUUCUUUGCCUGCUUCAUCUCCUUCUACAUCGCUCUGUGUUGCGUGAGGAAAGAAAGGAGGAGGGAAAUGGCUCGCCAGAGGCUCCAGAACUAUAUUGGCAACUUGAAGAACGAGGGUAUCAUGGAUGGAGAGUAUGAGGAGACCAGGAGAUCACAAAACUCAAAUUUUCCAAAUCUCAUGAUGAAUGUUAUCGACAAUUUCCUGAAUGACGGUGACAACAGCAUGAGAGAGCUAGCCGACCUUCUGAGUGCAAGGAGCGUGAAUUAUACUAAAGUCACUACUGCUGCUCAUCUGAUCAAAGGAGGUGGCAGCAGCCUUGGUGGCUGCCGGGUUGUUGCAGCAGCUCGUGCUCUUAUAACUGCCAGCCUUAAUCGGGACAAGCAAAGCUGCGAGACAUCGUAUGAACGGGUGGUGAAUGAGUACUACCACUUUCGCGACAAACUCAGAACCCUACAUCAGAUGGAGAGGGCAGUCUUCAACCAAGAGUCGAGACGGAGGGGAUAAAAGCUGUUGGUGUUUCGCUUAGUUGAGUAUUGUUGAAAAAUGACCGCGUGAAAACAUGGUUUUCGGUAUCGAUAAUAAUUUUUGGUUAGUGACGUACAAACGUAUAUGUGUUUGGCAUGUAUUUGGUGAUGGAUGGACCAGGGACAAAGUUCAUGGGACGUAAUUUAUCUAGUUGAUGGACAUGUUUAGUACAAGAAGUG